CUAGCCUGGGAACCUCCAUUUGCCGAGGGUGCAGCCCCAGAAAAGACAACAACAACGAAAAGACCCAAGGCAAAUUCCUUAACCUUUUAAAGCCUGCACUUUCUCCUUCAAACCAAAGUAAUAAUAUAACCCAGCAGAGUUCCCUGGUAGCCUAGUGGCUAAGGACCCAGCAUUGUCACUGCUAUGGCUUAGGUAACUUCUAUGACACAGGUUUGAUCCCUGGCCAGGGAACUCCCACAUCCCACAUGUGUGGCCAUAUAUAUAUAUAUAUAUUACAUAAUCUAGGGAAUUAUGAAAUAAUUAGUUAAUAUGAGUAGAGAUUUUAGAAUAGUGCCUAACAUUUUUAAGUUCUCUGUAAAUGCUACUGGCUAUUAUUUUUGGAGUAAAUCAGAUAUAAAUCCCGAGUGUCCCCCUAAUUUAAUGUAAUUUUGUGGAAUUAAUGCUAUAUCAACAGCCCGUGGUUUUAUUUUUCUUUGGAAUAGGGAUAACAAUGCCUAAGUCUGGUUUGUGGUCAGAGUAAAUGAAUUUAUACAUGUAAAGUACACAGUAUAGUGCCUGGCUUAGAGUAAGUGGGCGUGAAAUGCCGAAUACCCCUUAAGAUGUAAAGAAAGGGGUGAGUUUGGGAAUGAGGAGAGAAGGCCAGAGCAUAUUUUAAUAUCACAGUCUGCAUCGAAGCAAACAAAUUACUGCAACAAAGUGAUAGAGCCUAACCUGGAGAGUUUUUUUUAAAAACAAUAUGCAGCCAAUGAUUCUUUCCCAAAAUGUUCUUUUCCGGGUGUUGCCCAUUUCCCUAGAUUUCUCAGCUGAUGUAUGAAACUCUUCAACUGUGUUAUUUAUUACCUUACAAAAUUCUGCUCUGGGGGGCUGCACGUGAAGAGCCUGUUGAAUUCUUUGAAAUCUGGAAGACCCCUUAGCUGGGGCCAACAGAAAGAGUUCACAAAACAAGAGGUAAAAGUAGCUACUGUAGAUAGGGAAGGGCCGGGCCUAUAUGACUCUCCGCUGGUUGAUCCUACCCUGGAAAUGCCAUUGUCCUAAAGGGAAAUCCUGCCUGGAAUUUACAAAAUAGUAUCCAUGGGGCUUUAUGUGAGUUUCAAGGAUGGUUGGGAUUUCUUUCCUGGAAAAUGGGAUGUGGCAAUUUUUAAAAUACUUUGACUAACUCUAUAAAUCAAAAGACCAAUUGAAAAUAUUUGCUGAAAUCUGCUGAGGAAUAUAAAGGGAGAAGAAUAAAUUUGGGAGUCAGACAAAGGGAUAUUUGAACUCUGGAUCUAUGACUUUCUAGCUGUGUGACUUUAGCUAAGUCACUUACUUUACUCUCUGUACCUAAGGAGGUUUUUUGUGUGUUUUUGUUUUGUUUUGUUUUGUUUUAACUAUACUGUGGUACAGUGUAGGAUUUUAAAAUGCAGUUUGGUUUAACUGACAUAAUUAAUUUCUGUAAACUUUUUUUUUAACUUUUGACUUCCUAUAGCUAUAUGUUGGCAGGAAUUUCAGAGAAUAAUUACUUAAGACAUUUAUUUUCCUAUCACCAACUAAGAAUUCUUCCUUCAAUGGCUUGGUGACACAAUUGAAAACAACUUAGAAAGAUAGAGGGAUGAGGAAAUUGAUAGAAAGAUAUCUCCUAUAAACAUAUUAUCCAAAAUGGAAAGCACCAUUUGAAGAACCAACUUGAUGACCUAAGAAUAUUCUUGGUACUCAGAGGAGAAAAAUAGCCCUGUGGGCUGGGCUGAUGAAGAAGUCUUUAUGGGGAGAAAACUAGAAUUAGGCCUGGGAGCAGGGGGAAGUAGUAGGACAAGAGAAGAGCAAAGUGAUUUCAUCCAUCUAGGCCCAGCAGAGCCUCUAAAGAACUGGCACUUCUGUCGUCAUCCCACAGCUAGCCUGUGCUGAGCAGGGGAACACCAGAGGCUGGCUCAGCUCUCCAUGGUCUUAGUGAAUCCUCUUGUUAAACAUGAGAAAAAGGCAGGUGCAUUCCCAUCAUGAAUUUAGAAAUCUUGAAUUUAGAAAACUGAGACUUGGACAUAGGGUGACUUCCCUCAACUCACACAGCAGGCAUGUGACAGAAGCAGGAUUUAACCCAAGCCCAGCUACCUUGAAGCUUGCAUACGAUACAAUAUUUCUAAUAAUGAUGAAAGCUGCCAUGAUGGAUGGUUACCUCCUUAUGAAAUCUCCUUGCUGUUACCACCAUCCACCUUUCCCCAGGUGGGAUUGACUUUCCCUUCCUAUGGUCCCCCUGUAGCCUUAAAGGAGCUGCUGUGUUUUUUUAAUGUCACUCCUGCCUCUUCUAUUAACUUUUAAGUUACCAAAGGAUAGGUUUGGAUAUUAUUUCCCAUUUUACCACAUACAUAUAUAUAUAUAUAUGUGUGUGCAUAGAUACAGAUAUAGAUAUAGAUCGAUCAUCCAUAGCUCCUAGUAGCAGCUUAAUAAGUGUUUUUUAAAAAUAACUGAAUGAAAGAAUGAAUGCUCAUUUUCUACCAAGCACUGUGCCCUUAGCUUUGGCAAAUUGACCUCUUUAUGCUUCAGUUUCCUUGCCUAUAAAAUGAGGAUGACAGUGAUACUACCAUGUAGCACUGUAGGGAUGAAUUAAUUGUUGAUAAAUCACUCUAAUAUUGAUGAGCACGUAGUAAAUGUUCAGUCAGUGUUAACUAGCAGUAUGUCCACUCUUAGUUCCCAAAAUUCCCUAUAAAAGGAGAAUUUUUUUUAAAAAAGCAUUGAUGUAUUACAAACACAACUUAGAGUAUAAGCAUUAUUUUCAGAAUGGUUAAGUAUCUUGCAAAAUAUCACACAGCAAGGGAAUAACAAAACCAGGAAAUGUCCCUUGGGGUCAAAGACAUAACUCAUAAGCCCUUAUGUUUCAUAGUGAGUUCCAGGCACCAAAAGUCCCUGCACAUGCAGGGUCCAGGUUGAUUCUUUACACCAGCACUCCGGGGCUGGGCUUCAGCACAGUGGAGAUAACAGGCAGUCAUUAAGCCAGUGUGAUCCUGUCAGAGCCUAGAACCCGUGACCAUUCCCACAAUGGUUGCUUGGGGCGGUGUGGAAUAGAAGGCCCAUGGGGUCUGUCAGGACAGCAGGACCACUUCCCAGAUGAUAAUAAUCGCCUAGGUUCUAGUUUAAGAACACAAGCUGCAGAAUCCUCUGAAUCAGACUCUCCGCAAAGGAGUACUUUUAACAAGCACCCGGGUGAUUUAUAUGAUGAGGGAAGUUUAUGAAACUUUGCUUUGAGGCAGGCUGCAGCAAGUAUUUAAGGACUAUUGUAGUGCUUACCCUCCAGGGGGCAGUUACUGAACAGCAGUGUUCUUAGGAGGUAGUGCUCUGCCCCACCCUCCAUCCUUGUUUGUAAAUACAAGCACUAAAUCAAUCUCCCUAAUAAUUCUCUUCAAUCAUGUGUCAACGGGGACCAGAACAGCCCCAGUGGACUGGCAAGUGGGCGGCGGCUUAGAUGCUCUCGCUUGCAAAAUCCACUGAAUCAUGGAUGUUUUGCUUCUGCACUUUUCUCCCUAGAAAAGCUGUCCAUGGGCUUCUUUCCACGAAGGCUUUUUUAAGAGGCUAUAGGCUUCAGAAGCCAAAAUUGAUUUUUUUCCCCCUAGCAUCCGAAGAGCCAGAAGGUUGAGCCGUCUCGCGGAGCAAGCUCUGGGAGGGGAGAGCAGCUGCUAUGGCAAAAAGGGGACAUUCGCAAGCUUCCCAGGCAGCAAACUAGCGCGCAGACAGCCCAGCCCCGUGUUGCGUCGUCAGCGCGCGGAGUGCCGCUGUGCUCUCCCGGGCAAGUUUUUGGGGAGUGUCCCUUCUCUCUACGGACACAGCAAAGUCUCCAGUUUACCAACAGAUGUUUCCCUCGCAGCCCUGAAGUCCAAGAGCUCGCUGGCUGCAGCGCAAGGUCCUGAGGCCAGCGCGCUGUGGUUGAGGGACCCCACCAGGCAAAUGUCAGAAUCAGUAUGAGAGCCUGGACUUCAGCCCAGGUCGGUCCUCACCCCGGGGGGCCGCUGCUUUGCCGGGUGCAUCUUUGAGGAGCUGCUCACUUUCCCCCCCUCGCGAGUCUUUGUUCCAAGCCAGAUAUUGCUCGGAUUCUCUAAUUAACUCCCUCCACUCCAAAGGGGUUCGGAGGCUGGGAUGCUCCACCUGCUUGAAGGAUGUUGACUCUCGAGUGGGAGUCGGAAGGACUGCAAACAGUGGGUAUUGUUGUGAUUAUAUGUGCAUCUCUGAAGCUGCUCCAUUUGCUGGGACUGAUUGAUUUUUCAGAAGAUAGCGUGGAAGAUGAACUGGAGAUGGCCACUGUCAGGCAUCGGCCUGAGGCUCUUGAGCUUCUGGAAGCCCAGAGCAAAUUUACCAAGAAGGAGCUCCAGAUUCUUUACAGAGGAUUUAAGAAUGAAUGCCCCAGUGGCGUUGUUAAUGAAGAGACCUUCAAAGAGAUUUACUCGCAGUUCUUUCCACAGGGAGAUUCUACAACAUAUGCACAUUUUCUGUUCAAUGCAUUUGAUACGGAUCACAAUGGAGCUGUGAGUUUUGAGGAUUUCAUCAAGGGUCUUUCUAUUUUGCUUCGGGGGACAGUACAAGAAAAACUCAACUGGGCAUUUAAUUUGUAUGACAUAAAUAAAGACGGCUACAUCACUAAAGAAGAAAUGCUUGACAUAAUGAAAGCAAUAUAUGACAUGAUGGGUAAAUGCACAUACCCUGUCCUCAAGGAAGAUGCUCCCAGACAACACGUUGAGACAUUUUUCCAGAAAAUGGACAAAAAUAAAGACGGAGUCGUUACCAUAGAUGAAUUCAUCGAGAGUUGCCAAAAAGAUGAAAACAUCAUGCGCUCCAUGCAGCUCUUUGAAAAUGUGAUUUAACUUGUCAAACACAUCCUCAAUCAAACAGACAGAUGUGAACUAUUCUACCACAGAGUUGGAGCUACCACUUUUAGCAUAGAUUGCUCAGCUUUACACUGAGGCAUAUUAUGCAAACAUGCUUUGUUUUAAUAUAAAGCAAUCCCCCAAAAGAUUGGAGUUUCCCAUUUAUAAAUUUGCAUCCUUUUCAUAAUGCUACGGAGUUCAUGGGAUGUUCUGAGUCAUUUCAUACCCUGUGACUAUUCAAAAGUAACAGAAUCUGGCAUAUAGUUUUAUUGAUUCUUUAGCCAUGGGAUUAUUGAGGCUUUCACAUUAUCAGUGAUUCUAAAAUAUCAGUGUUUUUUGCUACUCAUUUGUAUGUAUUCAGCCCCAGGAUUUUAAAUGGUUUUCUAAAAUACUGGCAUCUGCAUUUAAUUUCCAGAAAUUAAUUUUCAUGUUUGUACACUAUAAUUCCAAUUACACUUUAAGUAAACAAGAUUACCAUUAUUGAAAAAAAAUACAUAAAUAGUCCCAGUUUCUGUGGAUUUGCUGCCUUCUGUUUAAAGACAUUCACUUACCUGCCAUUUUUUAUAACAUAAAACAAAUUAGUUUAUUACCAGAUGUCAGCAUAUGCCUAAUAAGGCUUAUUCAAUAAGCAUUUCUUAAUUUUUCCUGAUAUGUAUUACAGCCAAGGACUACAUGAGAAAUGUACUUUUGGACUUGUUCAGUCCUACAGGUUGACUGUUUUCUAUUGUGUCACUAAGUGGAAGUCCAAGAAGGCGUGAAACAAGGCAAGGAUGUCCAUAGGCUUAUGUAAAGGGUCAGGCUGCUGUCCUCUAGUCCAUGGCAAUGCUUAGCGACAAGUAAUCCUUACCCGCGCUAAAGGCCUGUUCCAUCCUCUUUCUUGACAUCCUCAUGGCACCUUGACAUUCCAUGUCAUUCAGAGACAAAGAGAGCCUGACCACCCCAAUGCCUACUAGGAACAAACAGCAAGCAGAAUUCACUUUGAAAGCACCAGUGAUUCCAUUAUAUCGAGAACUAUAAUACCAAAAUGUAGUAGAAAAUGAAUAUAAGCGCUAAGCAACUCAUCUGGAUUGUAUUAUCAUUUAGCUCAUCAUAAAACUCUAAUAAUUUCGGAUUAUUUUUAGUGAUCUUAAGCCAAAAUUGUAAAGCUGCCACAACAUUACUGAAGAUACACACACUUUCUGUUUUGCAGAAAUAUCACAAAGACCAAGAGGCGAGAGUAGGAGGAAAAUUGCAACUGUCUUUGCAACAAUAAAUCAGGUAUCUAUUCUGGUGUAGAGAUAGGAUGUUGAAAGCUGCCCUGCUAUCACCAGUGUAGAAAAUAAGAGUAGUACAAUACAUGUACACUGAAAUUUGCCAUCGCGUGUUUGUGUAAACUCAACGUGCACAUUUUGUAUUUCGAGAAGAAAAAAAAUAAAAGCAAAUAAAAUGUUUAUAACUC